GUUUAAACUACAUAGUAUGUCCUUGUUGCUACGGUGUAAUUGAUAUUUUUGUAAAGAUUAAUAAAGGCAGGAACAUAUUUAUAUUAACUAUUAGAUAUACUGUUCCCAGAUAAAGCAAUGGACGAUGAUAAAUGGGAAAAUGCUAAUGUGCAAGACAAGCACACCGAAGUGUUUCAUAUAUAUAAUAAUCAACAAGAUGAUCCUGAGCAUUCAAAGAAAUUAAAUAUUAUAUAUGAGUGCCAGCAACUUGUAGGAAAUGACAGAUCAGGAAGAUUACCUCUAAAUAUUGCCGUGAUUGGACCUCCAGGUUGCGGAAAGUCGUCGUUUCUCAACACAGUUUUUGCUAGUUUCAAUACUGACAGUUGGCGGGAAAUUGCACCUUUUGGAUUUUACAAAAUACGAGGUUCUCAAUUACACUUCUCGGAACGUUUCAAAAGCUUCACUAAAAAAGACUAUUACAGAGGAGGCUCCAAAGAUGACGGUGUUCUGUUCCCAACGUUUUUGGACAUGACUGGUUUUCCUGAUGAAAGUUCUAAAACUGUUCUGGAUCUGUUAGAGAUGGUAUUUUCUGGUAGAAUUAAAGAGCAGCAGAAACUGUCGAAUUUCGUACAGGGAGCCAAACACAUGUCUUCAAGUGUAAAUCAUUAUAACAAAGAGGUCAAUCAUCUACCGGUCGAUCGAAUCAUUGUUGUUUGCACACUUGAUCCUGAUUCAGCUUUACCAUCUGAUUUAUUGUCUAGCAUAGUGGAAGCUUCAAGAAAAAACAGAGAUAUUCCCGUUUAUGGAGUUUUGACAGGAAGAGAUAAAUAUAAACCAAUAUAUAACGAUAAAGUAUGUAAAGUGUCAGAGAAAGUAACCAACUUUUGUCAGGUUCUUGGACUUCCAAAACAUCGGUUUGCAUAUAUUACAAACUAUUGUGAAGAGUCUGAUCCGGACCUUAAAUAUUUGAAUACAACUAUUCCACAAUUCGACGUACCAGUUCUCCGGUUCAUGAAACAGGUUCUUAUUCCCACGUGUGAAGACGGAUUAAGGAAAACGGUUAAAGUCACCCAGCAAAUUAAAAAAGUAAAGGAAAGAUUACUUGCAAACUGUAAGAGUCUAGUUGGUAAAAGCGGCCAGGAUAGAAAACCGCUAACAAUUGCCGUGAUUGGAUCACCUGGAGGAGGAAAGUCGUCUUUUCUCAAUACUGUUUUUGCUGCAUUGGGCAAUAAACGAUGGAUCGAACACGCAAAAUGUGCUGAUACUGGUGAAACAGGGAAACAGAUUACUCAAAGUCUUAAACGGUUCUUAAAAGAGGACUACUACGGAACCCAGGAUGCUUAUUUGAUGCCAACAUUUUUAGACAUGAAGGGUUUCGAAGAUGAAGACACGCUUUUGAAAACGGAAUUGCUUAAUAUAGUUCUAAGUGGUAAAAUGGAGAACGGCGAGAAAUUUUCUGACAUUGAUUCGUAUUAUAGAAGAUAUAGCAUACAAGCUUUGAGAAAAAAAUAUUUAGGAACCAGAAAGAAAAUUGAGAGAGUAAACAGAUUAAUAGUUGUGUGUUCAGCUAACCCUGAUGCGAGUUUACCAAAAGACCUGUUCGAAAUUAUUCUUGAGGUCGCGAGCAGGAAUCAAGAAAUUACCAUAUAUGGAGUAUUUACACAGACAGAUAAAUACACUUCCGAUGAUCCAAGAGUUGUGGAAAAAGAGAGAACAUUCUUGAUUAAUUUAGGAAUUCCAGAAACACGAUUUGCUAGAAUAAUGAAUUACUGUCCGGAUGUUGUCCCUUCGCUGAAGUACACAAAAACAACAAUGCCCUUAUUGGAUAUUCCAGUUCUACGAUUUAUGCGAGGGGUAUUGACACCUGAGCCUAUGGACUCUGUCAUAUAUGACCCUGAUGAAUCGGAACCUUUUUGGAAGCAGGACUGGUUUAAAACAUGUUUAUUUAUACUGUUUGGAUUAUUAAUCAUGUUUUUUUUCAUGGCAAGUUUGAAAUUCAAGAUGAAGUAAAAUAAGGAUCACACACGUUACACAGUACUAAAACUACAUGUUAUUAUUAUAAUCUAACAAUCAAACUAACCAUUGUCAGCCAACAACCAAACUGACUGACCAUUAUAACCUAGCAAAACAAUUAAAUAUAAUCAUUAUAAGAUAACAAAAAUCUCAUUAUCUCACGUUGUAACAGAAAUGACCAUAGUAAAAGAGCACCAGAAAUAUAAAAUCUACCAACCAAACUAUGAACAUCAUUUUUUUUCUUCAUUUCUCAUUAAAUACUGUUCUUGUAUAUGUACAUGAAGUUUUACCUAGCACUAAUUGUAUAGGUUGCACUUUGUAAACACAGCUGUUUCUCAUACCACGCCUCUUUUGGGUAGAAAUAUUAUAUUCAUAAAUAAUUAAUCAUGUUUACAUACUGGUUCCCAGUUCUGAUCUAUAGGUUGCAUCCCAUAGAGACAUAACUUGAGAAUGUUACCAGUAAAUAUACAUGGGAAUAUUGUUUAUAUUGAAAUCUUUCGAUGCAGGGUAAUUAAGAAGUUUAGUGUUAGUUUAAUCUCUUAGAAGUUCGGGGCAUAUAACAUGUAU